AUGGAUCCAAACGUGCCAAUUGCCAUUAUUGGCAUGAGCUGUAGAUUCCCUGGAAAUGUCAAGGUCCCAGAGGAUCUUUGGAAGCUUUGCGCCGAGGGUAGGACAGGAUGGAGUAAAAUACCCGCCUCAAGGUUUAAUUUAGAUGGAGUAUAUCAUCCCAACGCAGCAAAGACAAACACCACAAAUGUUAUUGGUGGUCAUUUCUUGGAGGAAGAUUUGGCUUUGUUCGAUGCGGGAUUUUUCAAUCUCUCCUCUGAAGUUGCUUCAUCUCUUGAUCCUCAAUACAGACUGCAGUUAGAAUCUACUUAUGAGGCCCUGGAAAGUGCUGGUCUUACUAUGGAGCACGUUGCUGGCUCGAACACAUCUGUUUUUGCGGGCACAUUCUUUCGAGAUUAUAGCGAAGCCCAGACGAGAGACGGAGAAACACUACCACGACUUUUCCUCCUAGGGGUAGGUUCUGCAAUGGCGUCGAAUCGGAUAUCUCAUUUUUAUGACUUGAGAGGGGCGAGUAUGACAAUCGAUACCGGCUGCAGUACGACUUUGAUAGCGCUACAUCAAGGCUGUCAGAGUCUUCGUACUGGGGAAUCCGACAUGUCGAUCGUGGGAGGUGCGAAUGUGAUGCUGAACCCCGACAAUUUUGUGGUGAUGUCAAACAUCUCCCUUCUCGGGAAAACAGGAAAAUCAUAUGCUUUCGACAAUCGUGCUGAAGGAUAUGGUCGCGGAGAAGGAUCUGCAACUGUCAUUCUCAAGCGUUUAGACGACGCUCUGCGCGAUGGCGACCCAAUCCGAUCAAUUAUUCGAACCAGUGGUACCAAUCAAGACGGCAAAACUGAGACAGUAACCACUCCGAGCCAGAGAGCCCAAGAAGAGCUUAUACGAGCCUGCUAUGAGAAGGCUGGACUUGAUCCGGCACAGACUGCAUAUUUCGAGGCCCAUGGAACGGGUACUCGAACGGGUGAUCCGAUAGAGGCGAGAGCAAUAGCUUCGGUUUUUCGCGAGCAUAAAUCACGAACUGAGCCUUUGCUAGUUGGAUCUGUGAAGACGAACGUUGGCCACACUGAAACGACGAGCGGACUUGCAAGCAUUAUCAAAGUGGCAUUGGCACUUGAAAAAGGCCAAAUACCCCCCAGCGCCAAUUUUGAGAAACCGAAUGAGGAAAUAGACUUGGAUGAUUGGCACAUGAAGAUUCCCACGAAGCUUGAAGAGUGGCCGAAGGGAACCAUUCGACGUGCUUCUGUUAAUAACUUCGGAUACGGAGGAGCCAAUUGCCAUGUUGUAAUGCAAGAUUGUCAAUCAUUCAUCGACCCAAAGAGUGCUGAAGCGAAGCAUAUUGCACAUAAGACAAAUGGAACCCAUGCAAAUGGAACCGAUGCAAAUGGAAGCAACAACAAAAGUGCUGUCAGUAGGAUUAAUAACACGGAUGGAAUUAAUGGCACGAAUGGAAUCAAGGGUGUCAACAGUACCAACGGCAUCAAUGGCCACCAUACGUCACAUACUCCCCGUAUCAUCAUACUGAGCGGAAAGGAUGAGACUGCGUGUGAGGCUGUAGCAUCAAAUUUGAGAGACUAUCUCUUGAAAUCAGAACAGGCAAAUGAUGAAAGCUUCUUCGCCAGUCUUGCAUACACCCUCAGCCAACGUCGAUCGAUCUUCCCAUGGGUGAGUGCACAACCGGCCCAAAAUGUAUCGGAAUUAAUAGGCUUGAUUGACUCUGGCAAGAUGAAGCCAGGCCGGAGGAUGGAUCGUCCCCCACGGCUCGGCUUCGUCUUCACCGGACAAGGCGCACAGUGGUUUGCGAUGGGAAGAGAAUUGUUCGACGCCUAUCCAGUUUUCAAGGGGUGCCUGUUGGAGGCCGAGGGGUACUUGAAGGCGCUAGGCGCAACAUGGUCUUUGACAGAAGAACUCAAGCGAGACGAGAAAUCGAGCCGGGUUAGUGAUGUGGCCUUGAGCACCCCGCUCAGUGUAGCGCUCCAGAUUGCCUUGGCUCGACUCCUCCAGUCGUGGGGCAUCACGCCCAGCGCUGUGACUAGCCAUUCUAGUGGUGAAAUGGCCGCUGCAUGCGCCGUCGGUGCCCUGAGUCUCGACUCCACCAUGGCGAGUGUGUUGUCUCGGGGGGAGCUCGUCGGGGAAGUCACCCAGUUUGCUGAGCGCAAGGGAGGCAUGAUUGCGGUCGGGCUGAGUCCUGAAGAUACAGAGCCAUAUCUCGAACGUGUUUCCUCUGGUCAGCUCGUCGCCGCCUGUAUGAAUUCGCCCACCUCGACCACCGUAUCCGGCGAUGCCUCCGCGAUCGAGGAGCUGGAGCGGAUGCUCCACGACGAGCACAUCUUUGCACGGCGACUGAAGGUCGACGCCGCAUGGCACUCCCACCACGUCCAGCCCAUCGCGAAGCCGUACCGUGCCUAUCUGGAGAAGUACGUGCCACCUGUGAACGGAGAGCUCACCGAUAUUGUGUAUUCGUCGCCCACCACCGGCACCCGCAUCGGGUCGUUGGCCACCAUCAAUCGUCCCCAGCAUUGGGUAGACAGCUUGACCAGCCCUGUUCAGUUCGUUCAAGCAUUCCGCAAUAUGUGUUUUGGGGACGAGAGUGACGACGCUGCCUGCGAGGUCGAUGCCGUGAUUGAGGUCGGUCCGCACGCUGCGCUCUCAGGGCCGAUCCACGAGAUCAAAUCGACGCUGCCACAGUUCCGCAAUAGAAGCGAGAUCUCCUAUCACACGUGUCUCGUCCGCAAGAGCAAUGCCGUCGCUACCAUGCAGGCGUUGGCGUGUGAGCUGGUGCGGAAAGGGUAUCCUGUUAAUAUGGAGGCCGUGAACUUUCCGCAUGGGAGAAUUGGAGGUGGGAGAGGGAGAGGGAGUGGGGGUAGGAGUAGGAGUGGCAAUAAGAAUGCGGAUGUACAUGAAAAUGGGAAUGGAGGCAAGUUUAAGACUGAGGGGGAGGGGGAGGGGGAGGGGACGUUGAAGGUGAAGGUCGAGGUGCUGCACUCGCUACCGAGCUACCCCUGGACCCACUCGACCCGGCACUGGAGCGAACCGCGAUUGAACCGGGCCUGGCGAGAGAGGGGUGGAAAACCUCACGACCUCCUCGGCAGUCUGGCUUUGGGCUGCAAUAUUCUGACGCCGUCAUGGCGCCAUGUUAUUCGGGCCACAGACGUACCGUGGGUGAAUGAUCAUCUCGUCCAGGGCAAUGUCAUCUACCCCGGCGCGGGCUAUCUGUGCAUGGCAAUCGAGGGAGCCAGCGCCCAAGCCCGUGUCCAGCAACCCCAGACAGCUAUCCAAGGCUAUCAGCUUCGUGAUGUUGAUAUCCUCCAGGCCUUGGUUAUUCCCGAAUCUGCAGAAGGCGUGGAGGUCCAACUCACCCUGCGGCCAUGCAAUGUCAAAGACCUAUACGCCACGGGCUGGCAAGAAUUCUCCGUCUCUUCGGUGUCGUCGGCCAGCCACUGGCUGGAGCACUGCAAAGGACUGAUCAAAGUAGAUAUCCAGCAAAAGGCGCAGGUCCAGCACGGAGCUCUGAUCACCAAGGAUCAUUACAGGCGCCGUAUUGAUCCGAUGGAUGUCUAUGCUAGUUUACGUUCUGCCGGAAUCUACCACGGUCCCAUCUUCCAAAACUUAAGGGGCAUCAGAGGCCGUGAUAAGCAGUCACUUUCUGUCUUUGUCGUAGCUGAUACAGCGUCGACGAUGCCCUAUCAGCACCAGAGCCCACACAUUAUCCAUCCAACCACGCUGGAUACCGUGUUUCAGGCAGCCUAUACAGCUCUUCCUGGGGCUGGCUCCAAAUCGCAGAGCUCGCAAAUCCCUAAAUCCAUCAAACACCUCUGGAUCGCCCAUAGUAUUUCGAGCGCCCCUGGACACACGUUCAAUGCAUAUACCAAUGUGAACCGCGCUACUCCACAGACAUUCGAAGCUGAUAUGUCUGUGGUCAACGAUGGCGAACUUGGAGCACCCUUGAUUACAGUAAACGGCUUUGUCUGCCAGUCAAUUGGCAACGCACCCAUUCAAGCUGAUUCCCUAGAAGACCAACUCUUCAUCGCGGAGAAAUGGGUCCCAGAUAUCUCAUUUCUUAAACCAGCUUUCUUCAAGCAACAACUCAGCUGUCACAUUUCCUCCAUCGAGGCCGAAAACCUACUUGAUUUGAGGCAACUUUGCAUUCAUUUCAUCAGCGAUGCUUUGGAAAGACUGACUGCAGAGGAUGUCAAGCGACUGGAUUCUCAUCUUAAAAAGUUUUAUGUUUGGAUGAAGCUACAAGUCGAGCUAGCCGGUCGUGACGAACUAGCACCAGGGAGUACGUACUGGCACAAAGCUGCGCCCGACCAAAUCACCGUUCUCAAAGACAAGGUCUAUGCUGCAAGUGUGAAUGGGGAGUUGCUCUGCAAGCUUGGGUCAGAGCUGGUCUCAAUUCUGAGACAAGAGAGGACCCCUCAAGACUUGCUAGUUGAAGAUGGGAUGCUCAACAAGUUCUACGAAAACAGUCUCAAGCUGGACAGGUCCUUGCACCAAGUGUGCGGAGUUCUCAAGCACAUUGUCCACAAAAAUCCGCGUGCGAAAAUACUCGAGAUCGGUGCAGGAAGUGGAAGUUUUACAGCCCCCAUCCUGGCGACUCUGGGGGAGGAUAACUCUGACGAUGGCCCGCUUGCUCUGUCUUACGACUUCACCGAUAUUUCCUCUGGCGUUUUUGAAUCAGCCAAGGAGAAGUUCAAGAAUUGGAAGAAUUUAGUCCGAUAUAAGAAACUCGAUGUCGAACAGGAUCCGUUGAAGCAAGGAUUCGAUGAGGGCUCGUACGAUGUCAUCAUCGCAUGUCGAGUCCUGAGUGCAACAAAGUCUAUGCAAAAUACCAUGUCCAACGUGCGGAAGCUACUAAAGCCUAGCGGAAAACUCCUCAUGGUGGAGACAACACAGGAUCAGCUAGACACCCAAUUCUCGUUCUCGUUGCUUCCAAGCUGGUGGCUCAGCGAAGAGGAAGAACGGAAAUUUAGCCCAUCUCUCACUGUUGGAAUGUGGGAUCGUUGUCUUCGCGAAACGGGCUUCAGUGGUGUAGAUAUUGAAGUUCCCGACUGCGAUGAACCAGAUCUCUACUCGUACAGUGUCAUCAUGUCCACUGCAAACUCCCAGUCGACCAAAUUGAACUCUGAUAUUGUGCUUGUCACCCGAAACCUGACCCCGAUCUCGUGGAUGGAUGCGCUGUCAACAUCGAUUGCAGAAGCCACAGGUGUUGCGCCCUCCAUAGAGCCUCUUGAGGGCGUCAGGGGGAACAGUAAAUCCAUCUAUGUCUUCUUGGGGGAUACUGAAGGCCCUUUUCUCAAAAAUCUCGAUUCAGCACAGUUUGAAGCCAUCAAAGCACUUUGUUCCACAUCAAAAGGCGUGCUUUGGGUGAGUCGCGGUGGUACAGUCGGUUGUGAGCAAGUUGAUUCCAGCAUGCAUGUUGGGUUCUUUCGCUGUCUCAGGUGGGAAUAUAGUGGCAAACGCCUGGCUUCUGUUGAUUUGGACCCAAAUCAAUCUCCAUGGAGCUUUGAAUCCAUUCCUACCAUCACGGAUGUGUUUAGCAAAGUCUUCUGCGAAUGGUCUACGGCUGAAGAUAUUGACUUCGAGUUUGCUGACCGUGACGGUCUCAUUUCUGUCCUACGGUAUCACAAAGACAUUUCUACUGAUUCAGCCGCAUUUCCAAAUGCAGCAGAACUCACCAUGGCAAAAAUGGAACCAUUUGCUCAACUCGGACGCCCCUUACGCUUGUUCAUUGGUUCUCCUGGUCUCUUAGAUAGUCUGGCAUGGGGCGAUGAUCCUGAUGCUGGAAAGGAGCUCGAGCCCGACAUCGUUGAGGUCCAAGCAAAGGCAUUUGGUCUGAACUUCCGCGAUGUUAUGGUAGCAAUGGGCCAGCUGAAUCGGGACAUUAUGGGAUUUGAAUGCUCCGGGUAUAUCAGCAGAGUCGGCUCAAAUGCGAAACUGCAAGGCUACAAACCUGGUGAUCGAGUGGCAAUGCUUCUCCGGGGUCACUGGGGCACCUUCGCUCGAGUUCAUCACAGCAGCGUCGUCAAAAUCCCAGAUGACAUGACCUUCGAGGUUGCUGCGAGCCUGCCGGUCUCCUUCUGCACAGCUUAUAUCUCGGUCUUUGACAUAGCAAGACUCCGGAGGGGAGAGAAAAUCCUGAUUCAUGCAGCUACUGGAGCUUUUGCUCAGGCGGCCAUUGUAUUGGCAAAACAUGUCGGUGCUGAGAUUUUCGUCACCGUUGGAACGGAGGCGAAACGGCAAUUUGUAAUAAAGACCUACGGCAUCCAACCUGACCACAUAUUUUCCAGCAGAGAUACCUCAUUUGCUCCUGGUAUUCUAGCGAUGACAGAAGGAAAAGGCGUUGAUGUUGUGCUAAAUUCGCUUUCAGGUAUAUUGCUUCAGGAAAGUGUGAACUGCCUUGCUCCAUUUGGCCGUUUUGUGGAGGUUGGCAAACGUGAUUUUGAGGCAAACAGUCUCCUGGAUAUGGGUGCGUUUACACGCUCGAUAUCCUUCUCGUCUUUUGAUCUGCUGGCAUUCUCGGACACGAGGUAUCCCGAGAUACAGGACGUAUUGAAGGACGUUAUCCGCCUUUUCGAACAAAAGGUCAUUGUUCCUGUUGAUCCGAUUACGGUUUAUCCUGUUUCCGAGCUUGAGAGAACAUACCGUCUGAUGCAGGUUGGAAAACAUAUGGGAAAGAUUGUAAUUGCAAUGAACCCCGAGGACAUCGUUCCUGUACUUCCAAAGACUCCAUCGGUAAAAUUGCGACCUGACAGCUCGUAUUUGGUUGUGGGUGGUCUUGGCGGCAUCGGCCGUUCUGUGUGUCAUUGGAUGGUAAGCCAUGGAGCAAAGAACAUUGUUGUCAUCUCGAGAAGUGCAAGCUCGCAGGAAAAGGCUGCGCCUUUCUUAGCUGAGAUUGGAAAGAAUGGCUGCAAAGUCAAAGUUACAGCAUGUGAUAUCACAGACGAGUAUCAGCUCGCAGAAGUGUUGAAAGCAUGUUCAUUUGAAAUGCCUCCAAUAUGUGGUGUAAUACAAGCUGCUAUGGUUCUCGAGGACUCCAUUCUUGAACGCAUGAGUCUCGGAAACUUCAAUGCUGGGAUUCGACCAAAGGUCCAGGGAACCUGGAAUCUCCAUAACCAAAUGUCUGGACUAGAAAUCGAUUUUUUCAUAAUGCUUUCUUCUAUUGUGGGUGUCACCGGUAAUGCAAGCCAGAGUGCCUACGCUGCAGGUGGAACCUUCCAAGACGCUCUCGCAAAAUAUCGUACAUCUAAAGGUCUACCAUGUGUGGCGAUCGAUCUGGGACAGACAAAAUCGGUAGGAGUUGUUGCAGAAUCAGUUGGCAUGGCUCAACAACUUUCGAGAAAAGGCUUGACCAUGCUGAGCGAAGAUGUUGUUCUCAGCACUAUCGAAUAUGCCAUACUUCACCCCUUUUCAACACAGUUGAGCAUCGGCUUCAAUACCGGGUCUGGGCCUCACUGGGAAGACAGCGUAUACACCCGAGACUUGAGAUUCUCUCUCCUCCGUUACCGUAAGCAAACCUCGUCGAAUGUCAACAAAUCCGCAGCGGGCGACUUGGGAAGCAGAAUCGCAGCUGCCUCGACACUCGACGAGGCAGUUGAAGCUGUCGUUGGUGGACUGACGAAGAAGCUGAUGGACAGCUUCAUGAUCUUGGAGUCUGACGUGGACCCCUCAAAAUCUCUUGCAAGUUAUGGAGUUGAUUCCCUUGUUGCCGUCGAAUUGCGAAACAUGUUGGCGUUGCGCGCGGGUGCUGAAGUUUCGAUCUUCGACAUCAUGCAGAGCAGCUCGAUCACUGCUCUUGCAGCCACAGUUGCAUUGAAGAGUAGCCACACUGACCCCUUGCUUGUCUUAAGUUAGCUGCCGUAUGUUUCUCUUUUUGGGAGUGUCGAGGCCAGGUAUAGGAUUAUAUAUUAGAAUAUACUCCAAUGAAGUCACAUACACCGGUGCAUGAAAGCCAGUAACUUUUUUCUGUCUUUUUUCGUCGAGAUUUGGACCUUGCACUUCUGUUUCUAACACAUUUCACCUUUAGGAUUUCAUUUUCUAAACGCAAUUAUGCUAUCACUAAAUCAGUCGUAAUGGCAAAGUACGUACCAACACUUCCCUAGUUGACUAGUCAUAUGUUCUGUAGUAAGAGAUUAUGAAGG